AUGCCGGCAUCACGACCCUUCCCCCCAGGCAUCCAUCCGCCCAGCCUGACGUGGUUUAAAAAUGAUGCACGCCAGGAAAUUGACUGGGAUUUGCAGAGGAAGCAUCUCUCUUUUCUCGUAAAAUCUGGUGUCCAUGGAGUCGUCUUAGCAGGCACCAAUGGCGAGGCCGUCACCAUGACGCGAGAAGAAAAGAUCCAACUUAUAAAGUUGACGAAAGAGGUAGCAGCAGAGGCUGGCCGGCCAGACCUGCCGAUUACGGUCGGAAGUACGGGGCAGAGCACGAAAGACGUUAUAGCCGAUGUGGCGGCAGCUCACGAAGCCGGAGCCGAUUUCACAUUGGUGCUAUGCCCAAGUUACUUUCAUUUCGCUAUGAACGAAGACGCAGUCGUCGGGUUCUUCACAGAGCUCGCCGAUGCCAGUCCUAUACCGAUUCUCGUUUACAAUUUUCCCGGAGUUGCCGCCGGUAUAGAUGUGAAUUCGGAGAUGCUGGCCAAACUCGGCGCUCACCCCAACAUCGUAGGGGUCAAGCUGACUUGUGGAGGUAUCGCAAAAGUGGCCAGGAUAAAAGCCCAAUACGAGCCUAGCGAGUUUGCCGCCAUAGCGGGUCAGAGUGAUUGGCUCAUCCCCGCAAUGACCGUUGGCUCAAUUGGCUCUGUGACUGGAGUUGCCAACCUGUAUCCCAAAGCUUGCGUGCAGCUAUUCGAUCUAUACAACCAAGGAAAACUCGGUGAAGCUGCCGAAGCUCAAAUCAAGUUGGCUGGGGUCGAAUGGGGUUUCGGAAAGGGCGGGAUCAACGGGACGAAAUGGGUUGUCGCUAAAUAUCUGGGGUAUCCGGAAGCCAGCUGUCACUGCCGGCGGCCUUAUCCCGAAUUUGACGACCCCAAGAAACAGAGUUGGAUCAUCGACGUAGUAAAGCCGUUGGAGAGCGUCGAGGCGAGUUUGGUGAAUCCGUAAAUAUAUAUAGUUAUCUGCAAAGAAAGUCAACCUUGUAUUGAUUCCAAAUCUAUAGCUUUCUGUAGUGUCACCGCUCGUUUGGUGAAUGCUAGAUUUAGAUUAGGAGAUUAGGUAGGUAUUAUGUGUGUACUGUAUCAUGUAUCGCGUAAAGCCAGCCAAGAAAUUCGUUAAGACUGGUCAGGGGAUCGAACCGCGGCUCUGGGAUUGGGUUGGAGGUGGUACGAUCAGUGGUGCCAAGACUAAAAAUCAAUGCAUCUCCUUAAGCUACCAGGGCUACCUAACCCUGCUGGCUUCUAGGCUGCUAGGAUCUUCAGGCUCCCAGGCUUCCAGGCUCCCCAACUCCCCCAACUCCCCCAGCUCCAAAGCGCGUGUGGAGAAGGGAGAAGAACACUUGGUGUGGGGAUUUGUAUACAUGACUAGGAGUAUUAAAAGGCAGGGGAAAGAGAAAGAAAUGUGGAACGCUACCCCGACUUGCCCGACCUCUUUUUCGGUCACUUGACGGCUAUCUUUAUAUCGAAUGCAAUGUUAUCAAAUGUCGGACUCGUAUAAGAAUGAACUAGCUUUGAAAUCAUCACGCUAUGAAUUGCAACCUAAAAGAUGCAGCAGACAGGCUCACAAACGCCGCAGCAGCCGGCCUCUCCCGUCAAGAGACCGGCCAGAUCCAAGAAUGGCUGUAUGACCUGCAGGUAGGUGGUAUACGCGUUUGCGCCACCUUAUCAAUUGAGGAUC